AUGUCUCACGAAUCGGUCUGGUACUCGCGCCCUCGCAACUACGGCAAGGGCUCCCGUGAGUGCCGCGUCUGCACACACCCAGCUGGUCUCAUACGCAAGUACGGCCUGAACAUCUGCCGUCAGUGCUUCAGGGAGAAGUCGGCCGACAUUGGUUUCACCAAGGUGCGGACGCACGAGGACUUCGAGAUGCGGGAGUGGAAGAUACUGACAUGA